AUGAAAGCUGCCGAUAUCGUCGCCCGGAUGCUCCGUCUUCUGGGCGCAAGCGGUGUGGAUACUCCAUGUGCGAUUCCAGGAGAUAAGCAACAGCAAAACGAUUCGGGGUACAAGGCAGAUAAUGUUACAAGACUAGCUCCAACGCGGAUACAUGACAUGCUGCACGGUGAUGUUACUUUAGAGAUGUUCGACUGGGCACUCUGGGAUCAUGAGAUGCAAGAGCUACAUGGUCUUGUACCAGAGACUGGUAGGAUUUAA